GGAAGACAAUCUCCAAGGGGCUAUAAGAGGUCUGGAACCCUCGAGGGCAAGCACAGCUUGUGGCGGUCGAUGCCUGGGCUGGUCGAUUUCCACUUACGGAGACACAAAGAUGUGAAAUACUUGCAUGAAAGCUGAAGGGCAAGUAAUCUCAUCCCUUCCCUCCUGGACCAGAAAACACACAAGGGAUAAAAGCUGGCAUCUUCCCCGACUUUUGGCCUUGAUUGGGGAUGAGAGGAAAGAACGGCAUGGUAAAGUGGACAGCAGAUCGGAUCCGCAGCCCAUGUAUACCCACAGUAAGGACUGGCCCAGCCCGCCAAGGACGAGCUUCCUCUUCACUGGGGCAAAAAAAGGGGGAAGUAUUUUCCCCCCCAAGAGGCAGUAUCGACUUGCCCUUCAUACCUGUGGGAAGGAUGUUCAGCGAUGUUGGCCAGCAGAUCGACUUAGCUAUCUGCCUGCACGUUCUUCCAAUCAACUGCCCAUAUGGGAGUACAGGGGAGCAAAACACCAAGGGCUGUGACUCCUUCGCAGCAUUUCUGCCCAUCAAUACACCUACUAGAGAUCGGGGACAUUCGCUCGAGACAUUCCGUGGACUCACUCGUGCAGCCAUUGGUAGCCCUUGAUUCCGUAUUGUCGUUAGUUCUGUUUCAUCGAG